CACUAAUACUUUUCCCAUGAAUAUAUUCUCAACUGCUUUUCCACACCAUGCUGAUUCAUAUCAGCGCUGACUCUCCCAGCUUCGCCCCAUUCAAAUCAGCGGACAAAUUCAUGUCACCGAUAACAAUUCAAUCACUUAAGAGUUCAGCACAUUUCGAAAUCGCUUUACAAUGCCCCGAGCCAAGUCCCUCUGGACGCAUUGUGGUGUCAUCCUUAGUUCCUCGUCCUGCGAUUCCCUGGCUAACUCCUGCUGUUUUCUCAACAACUUGGCAAGCCAUUCAAUGGGUUCGCUUGUUCUUGGACCUUCUGCUCGCAGUUUUUGUGCAUCCGCAUUCUGGUGCUUCAACAGGCGGUCAUGGUAAAUCAAUACGGCUGUGGAUUGCCGGAACUUCUGGCUUAGUCAUGGAUGCCAUCGCUUUGGCUUCUUCGGCGAUUUGAAUGGCACAAUGCCCGCAGUUGGUGGCUUUUAUGCCAGUUUAGGACAUUCCUUUGCUUGCACUUAAGAUAUAAAGUGAGGAUAUGGAAGGACACACUGAGUGCUUACUCCUUUCAUCAGGUCUUCCAUCAUCGAACAAAUUAAACCAGUACAAACUGCUGCCUUUGCGUGGGAGGAUGGAGACUUUAACAUCUGGGAAAACAGUGGCUCCACCCUGAGGAACAUCGCUGGC